GUUGUGUUGUUGUCUCUUGAUCAUCUCUGUGUUGGAGUCAAUUUGUUUCGCCUUCACAAUUAAAUUGCUCUUUUCUUUUAACUUGAUUUGUUCAACUAAUCGUUUAAUCAUCUCAAUGGUUUUUUAUUACUUCUACUUUAACAAUUUAUUGAUUGUUACAAUGUAAAUGGUUAAUUUAGUUGUAUUUGUUUCUCUUGGUGUUUAUGUGUUGUUUUUUUCUUCUCAUUUGGAAUUAGCAUAAUUUAUUAAUUAUCAUUGGAGAUUAUUAUUAAUAUUAACCAACGAUUUUUUCUUCUUCUUCUUCUAUUCAAGACAAAAGAAAAGAAAAAGAACAACUAAUUAGCCAGUGAACCUCUUUUUGUGAAUCAUCACUGGUCAGCAGGUGAACCGGAAAUGGCCUUCCUGUGCUCUGCUCGUGUCAGACGAAAUAAGAAAACCAAAGAUUUAGACAAACCACCGGUUCGUCAGCCGAUCCUUGGUCGUAUAACUGGAAGUGCUUCCAUUGAGACACUUGUGCGUGUUGGUAUUGAAAAAGAAAAUGGUUUAUCACCUGAUUCCAAGAUGGUUGUUCUACAUGAUUUUAAUCCCUGUGUUGAUGAUGAACUUGAAGUUAAACGAGGCCAAAUAGUUGAUAUUUUAUAUCAAGAGAAAGGUUGGAUCUAUGUGAUUGCCGAAAAUAAUCAGGAAGGUUUCAUACCUCAUUCGUAUUGUUCACCAAUUGGCAGUCAUCUUGCAGAUUUAGCGUUAAAUGUGAAACACAAAAAAGCUCAUAGACUGGAAAACACCACAAAUGGUACCACAUUUGAGUCAACUAAUGAAAUUAAUCAUAAUAAUCACCAUUCAACUUAUCUUAAUAUCUCAUCUCAUCACAAUCAUCACCACAAUACCAAUAACAGUAGUAGCACUCAGAAUCUAAAUAACAACAAUAAUAUCAUCAAUAGCAAUCUAAAUGUCAAUAAUAACCACAACUCUAGCAAUUUUCAUUUAUCUCAUCAUUCAUCUAAUCACCACCAUCAUCAUCAUCAUCAUUCAUCCUCUCAUCAUCUAAAUCAUCAUUAUUCCAAUAGUAACCAAAGCCAUGAAGAAGAUAUUAAAAACUCAAAUCGUUGUCAACUCGCCGAUAACAAAAGUUCAACGCCAACCAUUGAGGUUUCACCAUUUAACAAGGAUCCUUCUGGUCAUUAUAUUGUUUUAUUUACAUUUAUCGCUCGCGAUGAGAAUGACGUUAGUGUUGAAAGAGGUGAAUCAGUGACUGUGUUAAAUAAAGAUGAUUCUGAUUGGUAUUGGAUUGUCCGAUCAGAUGGUCAAGAAGGUUUUGUCCCAUCAGCUUUUCUUUGUCCCUUCGAAAUGAUACAAGACCCCAGUAUGGUUCAUCAGCAGGCAGCAAACUCCUCAGCGCCCACCUCAAAUGGUAAUUCAUGUAGCUCAAUAAACCGAUUGCCCAAUGGAAAUGGAGCUGAAAGUGGUGCUGGAAGUGGAGGAGGAGGUGGAGGAGGUGGUGGUGGUGGUGGUGUAGGUGGGGGAGGUGAAGAAAGUGUUGGGAUUCUUGGAGGAGUAAAUUUAGGAUCAUUUGGAGUUUUAAAUCAUCAACAUAAUAAUAAUAAUAAUCAUUCAUUUAUUAAUCAUAACUUAUUGAAUGGUGAUCAUGAUGUUAUCUCAUCCAGUCCUCCACCUCCACCUCCAUCUCAAGAUGAUGAUGGUACUUAUGGUGGUGGUGGACUUUUAAUGACACCGUUGAUUGAAGGAGGUCGUCCUCAUGGAACCGAGUUGGUCAUGUUAUAUGAUUAUAAAGCUCAAGCACCAGAUGAUCUUAGUGUCAGAAGAGGUGAUUGGAUUUACGCUAAUUACAAUAAUCAAACAGUUGAUGGUUGGCUUUGGGCUUACGCACCCAAAGUGCGUAAAUAUGGUUUCAUACCCAAAGCCUACGCGAGACCUCCCGCUAUUACCUCAUAACGAAAAGCAAAAAGAAAGAAAAAGAAAUUAAUUUCUAUUAAUUGUUGUAACUCAUUAAUGUCACAAAUCAUCGUCGCAAUCUAAUUAAGGAUAACCCUGAUUGAUUGAAUUCUGUUUACAUUUUGUUUGCAAAAAAAAGAGGGGCCAUCAAACAUCAUCAUAAUCAUCAUGAUCAUCAUCAUAAUCAUUUUUAAUCACAUCCUCUUAAGAUGAUAAUCAAAGUUAAUCACAGUUUCUACUUUAUAAAAAAUGGAUGAAAAAACAGUUACAAAUCUUAAAGUGGAUUUAAUUUGUGUUUUGUUUUUUUAUUUUCUUUAUCCGUUGAUUGACGAUUAACACACACACACUCACUGGAUUUAAUUAUAAUCAUAAACAUGAUUUAAAGCAAGAUAAUAUUGGAGAUUUAAUCAAACAUCUUCUCAUCAUAAUCAACUUUGAUACCUCUUUCUCACAUCAACCAUUAAUGUUUAUCUUUAUUUCUGUAUUUCUUUAUUAUUUUAAAUGACCCAAUCAACAUUUUCACAUCAAUUUCAUUCACAAUUAUCAUCAUCAUCCUAAUCGUCAGUUUAUAACUGUUAAUUGUACUUUUUUUUUUACUAUUUAACUUAAUUUUGCUAACUGUCUUUUCCUCUAUUGAGUUCAAUUGAUCUUUUGAUAAGAACACUUUGUAUCAAAUGAUAUUAAACAAAAGUUAAAUCUAA